CAUUAUUUCAGGUCACUGUAUGACUAAAUAAAUGGAUAGGCUGCCGUAAGCAACAAACCAUAUUGUGUAAUCAGCAUAAAAAUAAAAUACAAACCCAGGAUAAUAAAAGAUAACAGCUGGGAAUACUCAAUUGUUGUUGCCUGAGAGUGAACACUGAACUUACUGCUGUAAGACACGUUGAGUGUUGAUGCCAUGUUGCCUACAAAAUCAAUGAAUUUUCUUCAAGAACUACAGGAAAUUGCCGAGUUCAUCUAAGAACCUUGUUAACGCUACUUUCCAAUCACGGAUCGGACACGCUUACAAUCGCCAUACGCAGAAAAAAAUCAUAAAUCAGUUUUGUUCAGCUGAAUCUAUUUUCCAAAAGUAUGAAUUCAGGAUCCCGUUAGCUUCAGACCAGUGGGCAGUACGUUGAUACAGUUAGAUGAGAUGCAAAUUUCUUGAGGCUUUAAAUGGCAACUUCUUCAGUUCGAAUAGUUUAGUUUCGGUGAGAAGUGAAGAAGAUUAGAAUCACGAAUAAUGGCAUUGAUCACUGUUUUGUUGGUUCUGGUGUUUGGUUGGACAGUUUCCACUACAACCAUUUUUAACAACGCUAUCGACACGCCCUUCUCCAGCCCAAUCAGAAGCCCGUUUAUUUCAACUAUUGACAACAUCGGAUUAAGACAAGGACUCAACACGGCAACUUUCGGCUCACUAGGACCAUUCAGCAGUAAUUUCUUAAGACGAAGAUGCCCGAUCUGUGACUCAUCGGUUUACGGAUAUUGCAGCGAAAAACUGUUUCACGAUUCUUGCUGCUGUAGCGACCCCAACGACCCCUACGAUCGGUUACCUUAUCAGUGUCAGUAUGCAGAUUGUAGUUUCCUGCACGCGAACUCUUGUAGGGAACACAAGUUGAUCUCCGCCUGCUGUUGCACCAAUUUCGUCUUGUAACUUAAAAAAAACGAAUAUUUUGUAAAUUAUUUAUAAUUUUAGUUUAGGUGCUAAUAAAUUAUUUAUUUUAGUUUAA